AUGGAACAGCCCUCGACACUCCCUGACCCUCCUUCCCCACGGUCUCAGUCCAACAUCGCGGAGUAUCCUCUCCCGCAACUUCAUCUUCCUCGACCUUCCUCAUCGGUAAUCCCCGCCGAUCUGACCUCUCUGAUUUUAGCGGAGGUGUCCAAGGCUAUUCAAAACCUCCUGCCGGAAGUUCAAAGCUCAACUUUGGAGGAGGGAGAAAUACCAACAAUUGUUACGGAAGCCCCCGUCGACGGCACCAUAGCAGCUAAGAUAGUCGCCGGCGCAAGGACAGACAUCUCCGGACAAGGUCAGUCAUCUCAGGUCAGAGUUAGCAGAACUUCCGAUGUCAAACCUCCGAGGGGUGGUUGUAGUUUCUUUUUCUGGGCUGAUCUACCGAUUCCCAAUCGAGCUUCUGAGAUUAUAACAAGGCUCCAUACUGAAAAUAAGAUCCUUGAAUCUGGAGAUGAAAUCCUUGGAAAAAGAAAGAUACUGGCUGAAGCUUUACUUGAAGAUUUCAUGAUUCCUUCAUCUUAUCUAGGGUGGCAUGCAACUGAAUUAAUGUCACAAAUUUUCGGCCACCUUCAACAGGUCCAGAUGACCUUAUCAUCAACUUCUGGCCUCCUUUAUGUUAAAGGUCUCCCAGGAUUUCUCCCUUCUAUAGAGAGAGACAUUGACUAUGAGAGACUGGACACAACCUACUCUAAACCCUUUAGGCUUCCUGUUUGGAACAACUACAAACUGGUGAAGACACCUAGUUUGCUAAUUCUUCAAUUGCAUCAAUGGAACCACCCUCACAAGCCUCAUUAUCUGCUUCAAUGGAACCACCCUCACAAGCCUCAUUAUCUACUUCAAGAUCAGCAUUUUCAUGGAACAGAGUCAUCUUCCUCACCCUCUGAAGAGUCACUCCCAUCACUUUCCACAUUCUGA